GCUAGAUUCACGCGCUGACCCAUGAUAAGCUUGAGAAAGAAAAUAAAAGAAAAAGGGUAUUUUUGAUUAGGGUUUUGACAGGGUUUAAUGAAAUAAAUUGGUCCUUUCGACCUCUGUCGCAGCACAAAAGUCAUGGCCAAGAGAGAUCCAAUGGAAAUUAAUCAAAUAUACAAGACGUUAAUCGAACUAGAGUCUGAAGAAGAUGGUGAUGAUGAUGAAGAAGAAGACAACGGGGACUGGGAAGAUUGGAGGGACGAUGAUGGAGAAGAGGAACCGGAAUCGAAUUUUCGCUGCUUGUUUUGUGAUUCCAUGUACGGUGCCUGCAUUGAAGUGCUUGAUCACUGUAGUUCAACUCAUAAGUUCGAUUUUCUGAGGAUAAGAAAACAGUUGAGCUUGGAUUUCUAUAGCUCUUUCAAGCUCAUCAACUAUGUCCGCUCUCAGGUAGCAGAAAACAGAUGUUGGAGUUGUGGGCUUACCUGUAAGUCGAACAAAGAUCUACAAUGCCAUUUACAUGAAGCAGUCAAUCUUGAAGAAAUUAAGCUUUUAUGGGAUGAUGAUAAAUAUCUGAAACCUUUUAUUGAAGAUGAUUCACUAUUGUACAGUUUUGCCAUAGAUGAAGAAGGUGAAGACGAUUUUGCAACAUCAGUGUAUAAAGAGGAAGUCAUGAAGGACUUGGCGAAUAUUGAAAAGAUUUGUCUUGAAGAUGACAAUGCUGGACAGAAUUCGGAAGCUAGUUCUAACAAUUUUGGAAGAAAUGAAACGAAAGAAGUUGCUCCUUUGUUGAAGGGCCCUUUGAAUCUUGUUGCAAAGGAUAUCAAGAAAGUCAAUGAUAAUUAUUUUGGUGCUUAUAGUUCAUUUGGUAUACACAGAGAGAUGAUAAGUGAUAAGGUAAGAAUGGAUGCUUAUAGGCAAGCUAUCUUGAAAAACCCCUCACUCUUGACUGGUGCAGUUGUGAUGGAUGUAGGUUGUGGUACUGGCAUACUAAGUCUUUUUGCAGCCCGAGGAGGGGCUUCAAAAGUGAUUGCAGUUGAAGCAAGUGAGAAGAUGGCUACAGUAGCAACUCAGAUUGCUAAAGACAAUGGCCUUUGGCAUGAUAAAGACCAAUGCACUGGGGUAAUAGAGGUUGUUCAAGGAAUGGUUGAGGAGCUUGAUAAAUACAUACAAAUCAAACCACAUAGUGUUGAUGUGUUAUUGAGUGAAUGGAUGGGGUAUUGCCUACUCUAUGAGUCAAUGCUCAGCUCAGUGCUCCUUGCAAGAGAUAAGUGGUUGAAGCCUGGAGGUGCCAUUCUCCCUGACACAGCAACUAUUUAUGCUGCGGGUUUUGGAAAGGGUAGUACCAGUCUUCCAUUUUGGGAAGAUGUGUAUGGUUUCGAUAUGUCUUGCAUUGGCAAAGAAAUUGUUCAGGACGCUGCCCAAAUUCCUAUUGUUGAUGUUGUGGAUGAUUGCAAUCUACUCACUGAUACUGCUGUUCUCCAGACGUUUGACCUGGCAACCAUGAAACCUGGAGAGGUGGAUUUCACUGCAAGCAUUGAACUGAAGCCAAAGUCAGGCAGUUUGGCUAGCAACUCCACUGAAAUGGCAUCCAAAACAAUUUGGUGCUAUGGAGUUGUAUUGUGGUUUGAUACUGGUUUUACCAGCAGGUUCUGCAAAGAAACACCAGCGGUAUUGUCUACGUCCCCCAACACUCCCAAAACACAUUGGUCGCAAACAAUCCUUACCUUCCGGCAACCAAUAGCAAUGGCAUCAGCAGAACUCCCUGCUGAUGAUAGAUCUGCAGGUGUCCCUGCUGCAAGAAUCCAGUUGCGUAUUAGCAUUGUCCGUGCUUCCCAACAUCGGAGCAUCGACAUUUCAAUGGAAACUUCUAGCGUUGGCCCUGAUGGUCGGAAGUGCAGUUGGCCUGUUCAAAUGUUUAAUCUCUCUUAGAGUAUUUAGAGUGGAUGAAACCUUGAGAUUAUACCUUGCGGCAUUCUUUUAGCUUGUCUUUCCUGUAGGAUCAGUUUUUGAAUCCAUGCUUGUAACAAAUUGAAAUUUGGCUAUAAGCAUAUCCAGUCUUGAACUGUUUUAACAUAAAAUAUUAAUGUUGCAUCAUUAUUUUUCUUUAGAUAAAUUAUGAAUAUUAUAGUUUCUUAAA